AUGGGACGACUUGAAUCACUCACAGCUCUUGCUCUUGGCCGUGGGCCAUACGAAGACCAUGUCGUCGAGUGGGCUGGCGAUGAGAAUCUACGGCACAAUGGCCAAUUAUAUAACGAGCAUGGCCACCCAAGAAACCCCGAGACAAGGCGACGAGAGCGGGAAGCUGUGCGGGCAGCUAAUGAAGUCAUGCAGGCGACUGGUGUUGUGGAAGACGCGAAGACGGCCCUGAUCAAGGUUAAGAAAGCCACUACCGAGAAGCAUAAAGAGACGUUUACAGGUCUAAGGUUGAUGGAGGUUGGUCGCGCUGCUCUUAUUGGUGGUGUGUGGGGAGUUCUGGGUUUAAGGCGGCGGAUUUUGCUAUAUAGACCUUAUGGCGACCUUUUGUUCUUCCAAAUUCUCCAGCAAGAGAAGACCAAGUCUGGACUACUACACGUGAUCGGUGCUGGUUUUCCAGCUGUCUGUGCCUAUCAUGUCGCUGAUUGGGCCUCGUUCACUUGCGAAAUCGUACUUGACGCGAUAUGGGAAGAAGAAGGAAAGAACAAGGCCUCGCCGAGACAAAUGCAGGUGAAGGAAAUAAUACAAAAGGUACUCGACUUUGGUUUCUGCUACAUCACACUGCAUUUUCGCAUGUUUGCUGUCCUCCAACAACUUAACGUUGUCCCUUCAUCUUGUCUUCUCCCUACUAUCGGGUCCUUUAUUCCUUUUCUGGAGGGGCCACCUUUACUGUUUCCAGUACCUAUUCUUCGAGGAAACACAAUAUUUUCUGCUUCUCUUGAAAUUCUUAAAUCAGCCAUACCUCUUGUUCUAGUCUUACUUCACGGAAGAGCAAAAUUCAUCGCAUCACAAAUCCUAUACCGACCAAUCUACAAAAGUCUCCCUCGACCGACAGGUGACAGCAUGUUUGGGGGCUUACAAAUAUCCCCACCGACAAUGGAAUACGAUACUCCAGAUCAACCCUUGCCGAAUCACCGUCCAUCCUCCUCCAGGACAGAAGACGAGCCCACAUUACGAGCUCUUGAAGGGCUCCCGGAUCUGGAGCGCACGGAGACGCGUACUCAUCCAGCUGAGGGCGAUUCGGAUUCCAGUGCUGACGAUGGCGAAUUGACCCAUCCGACAUUGAUCAGCUUCGAUGUGGAGGCGAACGAUGGCGAACCCCAGGACCCAGCUAUCGAGGCAGCUUUGGGUCACUGGUCUGCGGAAUUACGAAGUGCAAACGAGCCACCAACGGAUGAGCGCAAAUACCAUGUGACGGGGUUGACGAUGCUGCCUACCAUCAUGGCUACGGAAGGUCUGAGGGAAAUAGCCGCAGGUAUAAUAGUGAUGCCAAUCGAGGCCUUGAUGGUUCGCUCCAUAGGCGGAUUGUAUCGCACCCGUCUAGGGCUUGGAAUGGAUGAUAUGUACUCAUGGUGGUCGCCUGUACGUCUUCCUGGCUUGCGGAAUAUUUGUUGGGCAUUGGUUCUUCAAUUGGGUAUCACCGGGGUGUUUUGGACAGGCUUUACUGUUAUAUCUCAGUGGGCUAUCGUAUCUGAGUGGGCUAGACAACGCGAGGCCACGCAGAAGAAUGAAGAGCAAGAGAACAAUACGGCUGGAAGACCGACGAGAGGUAGCUCGACUAACUAA